AUGGCACUCUCUGCCGAUACGGUACAGACUCUUGCCUUUCUGUGGGUUUUUACAUGGCUAGCAAUGUUCCUCAUGGCACUUCGGAUAGUUAUGAGGAGAUACCGAGGUCAAAAACUCGAUAUCAGCGACAGAAUCACCAUGGUGUGCAUGAUCUGCCUGUUAGCUCGACUAUCAUUCAUACAUGUCGUUCUUAUUUGGGGGACGAACAACAUUCCGAAGAAAGUACGGGCCAAACUUGUGUUCACAGCGACGGAUAUAUACCAGAGAGAAACUGCUAGCAAGUUAUUGCUUACGAGUAGGACUUGGUAUAAUACUUACCUAUGGUUACAAAAAGCCGUCAUCAUGAUACUUUACCAACGCCUACUUGCUGGAUUCAGAUACACCAAUAUUAUCAUCAGAUUAUAUUGGGUAAUUCUUGGGGUCUCCUACCUCGUUAUCCAAAUCGUGACUUUCACCGACUGUCAUCCACUAAAGCUAUAUUGGCAAGUGGUACCAGAUCCAGGUGUCUGUUCCCAAGCGGUCGGCCAACUCAUAACCCUUGGCUCUCUCAACAUAUUCACAGACGUAAUUCUCAUAAUCCUCCCAAUGCCCGCCCUCCUCAAAGUCAAACGCACAGGCGGCGACAAGUUUCGCCUCAUCUUCCUCUUUUCCCUUGGCGUAUUCCUCGUCAUCAUAACCGUAAUACGUCUUCCCCUCAACAUCAAAGACUCCAAUCUCCAAGUAAACCGCACAACCUGGGCAAGCGUCGAAGCUUUCACAGCUGCAUUCGUCGCAAAUGUCCCUACACUUUACACCCUACGCAAAAAGCUCCCAACAAAAGUAUUCGGCACAGAUGACGGCGAUGAGUUCCCAUCAGGUUGGACGGAAAGCGUGCAUUCGAUUGACAUGCCGUCUCCAGCAAUCUACAAACCCAAAUUCACCAACUACAACACCGCGUUCGAAGAUCACAGGAACACGAUGACGAUUCCCCCACCCGUGCCACCAAAAGAUCCAUUGCCAGUCCCCAAACCCGAAGAAAUGAUAAAACGUAGUUCCAUCCCCAUCCACUUCCAAAAACCUUCAGACCGUCACGCGCGAAUCCACCAUGGGAAAAUGGUAGUGGUAGAGGAGGAAAGCGGGGAGAUGAUUGAUUGGGAUGAGGUUGCGAGUAUGGAUUUGGAGAUCAUUAUUGAUCGAUUUCAUGAGGGUGUUUAA